AAAACAACCAGACUUGUGGGUUGAGAUAAGAACAGUUUAAUAAUUAAAGUAAAAUAAUAGUGAUAAUAAAGAUUAUUAUAGUAAUAACAAUAAUGAUAAUGUAAUACAAAGGAAAAGGGACAAAAACAGAAACACAAACGAUACAACUGACCACCACCCGUCGACCGACGCUGCUGGUCCCCGAUUGCUGCCUCCCUCCCCUGGCCAGCCCCUCCCAGUUAACAUACUGGGCACGACGUUACAUGAUAUGGAAUAUCCCUUUGGCCAGUUUGAAUCCGUUCUCUUAGCUGUGCCCCCUUCCCUCCUGGCUUCUUGUGCACCCAGCAGAGCAUGGGAAGCUAGACAUGUCCUUGACUAGUACAAGCACUACCCAGCAACAACUAAGCCAUCGGUGUGUUAUCAACAUUGUUUUCAUACUAAGUCCAAAGCACAGCACUAUACCGGCUACAGUGCAGAAAAUUAACUCUGUCCCAGCUAAAACCAUGAGACACCUUAGCCCUUGAUUUAUGUGCAAAGGUAAAAGGUAGGGAUGUUAGUAAGUUAAGAAUAAACUUUUUCAUGGCAGUUGGAUAAAUAGUAGUGUUAGGAAGCUUGACUAGUUUUCUAAAAACAGUAAGGCUAAUUUAUUAAGAAAUCACAUUGUUAGUGCUUUUGUUAUCCCAUACCUAAUAGCCGAUUCACCAAGAACUUGGUAAUGCUUUUUGGGUUCUUUGUUAUGUUCUUAUUUGGUAUAAACCUAAUCUCUCCAUUUGUUUUCUAGACUGUAAGUGCCUUGGUCUGAAGAUCAUUGUUGUUGUGCUGAUCUUCCAGUAUUGAUACCUGUCUUGGUCCUUUCUAAAAAUUUCAUGAUUCUCUUGCUUGGAGAUGAGAACUGUAUCUGAGGGAAGGAGGGAAAAAAAAAAUUUUUCUUGCUGUAGUCUGUUCACAUUUGAUUUGCUGUUUCUUAAUUUAACAUCUCUUAUAUUGGUUCAUCUGUAAACAUAUAUCCUCUUCUGUUUCUAUACUGUUGCUGAGCAUGAUUAAUCAGUAAAAGUGACCUUGGUUCCUGUUAGAAAGAGAAGCCAUUUUAGUGAGCAUUCUAUGACUCUAGAACUUCUGUGUUUUGGGUUUGGGUUUUUUUUGGUGUUGUUUUUGUGGGUGGGUGGUUUUGGUUUUUUUUUUUUUUUAAAAUACUGGUCUGACAUAAUUGGAUUCUUUAGAAAAUUUCUCUGGAAUUUCUUUUGAAAUUAAUUUAGAAGAGUGUGUUGGAUGACUUCAGUAGAGUGAUUUAUAACAAGUUAUUUGGGUGACACGUAGUUUAAAACUUGUCUCUGUUUAAUGAUAGUGGAUUUUGUGCAUCUUACCUUAUAGUUUAACUCUGGUAUCAGAGGUACCUAAAAACUUUAGUAUGAGCUCACUGCAUAAAAAAGAACUAGCAGCUCAACUUAGUAGUGCAGUUAAAUGCUUACAAAUCUGCUAUACUUCCUUUUAGAAGUUGGAACAUUCUCCUCUGUCACUGGAAGCCUGCAGUAGUCCUGUUCAGGCCAGAAUACAACAAUAAUUAUCAGAUAUCAAGUUCACAUUCCACAGCUCUUACUAAAACUUACUCAAAUUACAGCAGCUUUAGAUUAAAGUGAACUCCAUCUGUGCUCACUAACAGAUCUGUGCUCACUAACAGAUCUCCGCUCUGUUGUGCAGAGAUGCGGAAUAUGCAUUUAUUUGGGUCUCCCUGUAAAAUGCAAGUGGAUGUUAAUUAUGUUUUCACUAGCUGAAUUUCUAGUAGUGUGUAUAUAAUGCUUUUGAGUCAUUGACAAUUUUGCAGUAUUUAGCUGCAGAGCAUGAUUCACAUACCCUUAUAAUUCAGGCAGUUGAAUCUAUUUCUUUCCUUUCUGUGAUAUUGUUCAGCUUCAGGUAAUGUAGUUUGCAUUAUCUUGCAUUCUCUUGCUCGCUGAGAGAUGUUUUCCCACCUGUGGAGAGAGCAUGGGGUAGAAAAAGUACUCUUGGGUUUUAUCUUGAGCCAUUACCUUCUCUUGCCCAUUUUCAAACUGGAGAAUUUUACUGAAUUUUGACAGUAUUUCUGGACACGUAAACACUGUUUCCAUUAAAUCUAGAGAAAAUAUGGCUUGUGGUGGUCCUGAGCAUUUAGUCUUUUAUUAAGGAACUUUAAUGUGGCCCCUAAAAUUAACUUUUAGGGACUAAUUUGAAAAAUCAGCUUCUAGGAAGCUAAUGAAAUGGCUCCUGCAAUCCAUUCUAGAUAGUACCGGAAAAUAUUUCAACAAGCUAAUUUUGCCACAGCUUUCUGAUCAGACCUUACACAAGAUGUUUCAUCCCAUUUAUAAGAGGAAAUAAAGGAGUGAAUGUUACAGUUGUAUUUUCAUGAUGCCUGUGAUAUAUUUGAUUAGUGUGACACUUUGGUAAUAAAAGCACAGAUGCUAUAAAUGAGAUGAGGCUAGUUAGAUUCUAAAAACAGAUCUGUGUGAGAAAAUAAUACCAGAAAACAGAAGGGAAAUAAUGGUCAAAAUGCCACAAGUGUAAUCCUCUUGUAAGAUAAGCAUCUGAAAAGUACUAAUUUCUUGGGUGUUUGGUGGUGUGGGUUUUUUUGUUUGUUUGGUUUGGUUUUUUUCCCCCAAUUACAGGGACUUGCCAUGAGGUGCUGAAGCCUUGUUUAAUUGAUUUGGAGAGACUGGACCUAAAUGGCGCAGCAUGACUUCGCUCCAGCCUGGCUUAAUUUUCCUACUCUGCCAUCAUCAACAAAGUCAUCACUGAACUUUGAGAAACAUUCUGAAAAUUUUUUGUGGACAGAGAAUCAUUAUGAAGCAAGUCACAGAAGACACAACUCUUUAGAUGAGUUUGAUCCUAACGUUGGAUGGCCUAAUGGAGGGCAUUUUGGGAAAAAAGAGAAGAAUGGUUGGCGUUCACAAGGCAGAAAUGGUACAGAAAAUAUAAACUAUCGUGGGGGAUACCAUGGUGGAGGUUCCUGCACUCGUACCAGCGCUUUCCACUGUGGAAAAGGCCAAGGACUGCCUGAAAACAAUGUAUCUGAUAAUGAAACUGGGAAAAAGGAAGACAAGGAAAUGCCCAAACAGUUUGAGGCUGAGGAUUUUCCAUCUUUGAAUCCUGAAUAUGAGAGAACAACAAGCCAGAAUAAGUCUUUAGUGGCAGGUGUGUGGGAGUACCCUUUGAAUCCUAAAUCUAGAUCUCCAAGAAUGCUGGUCAUUAAAAAGGGCGGUACAAAAGAACUGCAGAUAUCUGGAUUCCCUGUAGUAGGAAGUCUUCAUUCACAGCCAGUAAAGAAUAGAACUGGCACAAGUGUUUAUAAAGGAUUAGCCCCUAAAACUGCUAUUCCACCCGCAAAGCCUACGCAGUGGAAAAGCCAAGCAAAAGAAAAUAAACUUGGGAAUCCAUUUUCUCAUGAAUCUGCAUAUGGUAUUGGCAAUUUCAGUCCUUUCAGAAGAACUGCCAAGGCAUUUACUGUAUCACAGAAUUCAGUGAAAGAGUGUAAUUGGUCAAAUUCGUCAUCCCCUACUGACAAAGUUGGUCAGCCUCGUUUAACAAAAUUGACAAGAACACGGACUGAUAAGAAGAGUGAAUUUCUGAAAGCAUUGAAACAAGGUAGAGUUGAAGAGGAACGUGAGGAUGAGAAGCACGCUGGGCAAGAGAAGGUAGUUUUGUUCAUACCUAUUGUAGAUCCAGCAGUAACAGUUCUCAGACUGACCAUAAACAACUACUUAUUUGGCUGUAAACAGUUAUUAAGUCAUGGCCUUGAUACCUAAAUGAGGGAAAGGAAGUACCUUUUGGUGAAUUUCAAAAAACGUACUCCAAGUACUGCUCUUUCUCCAGUACUACCUAGUAGUUGUCUCUUCUUUCUGCAGUAUUUGCUCAUACCUGUUAGGGA